AUGUCUGUACCCAUCCUAUCUCGGCACCCACCGACUUUGCUGGUGCUUCUAUUGUGGGCAGUAUGGAAGGCUGGGAUGGGGUUUUAUGUGGUGGAGGAGACUCGGCAGGAAAAGUGUAUGAACAUGGAUAUAUCACAGCAGUUAGAUGAAGUUGGUCUCUACCAAGAUGGUGAUGUGAUUAUUGGUACUCUCAUUAAUGUAUACAUUCUGCCUGUGACCCCUGACCUGAGCUUCACCAGAAGAGCCGAAUUACAACCAUGCAACGUUCUUCAGGAACGCUCUGUGCGCUGGGCUCAGGCUGUAGUGUUUGCAGUCGAAGAAAUUAACCGUAACCCCUCACUGUUGCCAGGGGUUCGAUUGGGAUAUCACAUAUUGGAUAGCUGUUCUCAUUACCCCCACAGCCUGAGGGCAGCAAUGUCAAUGAUCAGUGGAAGAAACAGUACCUGUGACACCACUAAACCAGCCAAGCUCAUAAUUGGAGAUUCUUCCUCUACUCAGUGCAUUAUUCUGUCCAGGACCCUGGGUCCCAUGCAGAUCGUGAUGAUCAGCUACCUGGCGAGCUGCUCAUGUCUCAGUGACAGACAAAAUUACCCCAAUUUUUUCCGCACUAUCCCCAGUGAUGCUUAUCAGGCAAGCACCAUGGCACAGAUGGCUAAACGCUUUGGCUGGACCUGGGUUGGAGCCGUGGUUGCUGAUAAUGACUAUGGUCGUGGGGCAGUGCAGGUGUUUGAAGAGGAAAUUAAAGGCACAGGGAUCUGCUUGGCCUUUUUCCACACAAUCUUCAGGGAGCAAUUAGCUAAAGAUGUGAGACGUGCAGCGACAACAGUACAAGCCUCUUCUGCUCGAGUGAUCCUGGUUUUUGCUUGGUAUGCGGAUGUGGAGGCAUUUCUGUUGGAAUUGAUCCGUAGGAAUGUGACAGACAGACUGUUCUUGGCCAGUGAGAUCUGGAGCACCAGUGGAUAUCUUUUGAGCAAGCCUCAGCUCUACACCAUCACGAAGGGAACGCUAGGUGUGGCGUUGAGAAAUGCACCCAUACCUGGCUUCGAUGCGCACCUCCGACAGCUACAUCCUGACCGUUACCCAAAAGAUGCCCUUUUGAGGGACUUGUGGGAAAAUAUAUUUGGCUGUAGCCUUAAAAACGGCUCCUCCACAGCUUUUCAGAAAAACCUCCCUCCAUGCAGUGGCACAGAGAGUCUGUCAGGAGUAAAUCGUCAAUUUACAGAUACCGCUAGUCUGAGAGUGACGUAUAAUGUAUACUUGGCUGUAUAUGCUGCUGCUCAUGCACUUCAUUCUCUGUUGGAAUGCACCUCACAAAAUAGCUCUGACCCUACAAUGAAGCCACAGUGUUCCUCUCCAGACAACAUAACUCCAGCACAGCUUUUACAACACAUUGGACAAGUUAAUUUCACUACUCAGUUAGGAGAGGAGUUUUAUUUCCUGGAUGGGGGCAUCCCACCUGUCUAUGACCUGGUGAAUUGGCAGAGAGCUCCUGAUGGUUCACUCCAGUAUGUUUCUGUAGGUAGAGUGGAAGGCAGUCAGCUCAUUAUUAAUGAGUCAGCUAUUCAAUGGCCUGGGGACUCUGGGAAGGUGCCUGUAUCCGUGUGCACUGCUGAGUGCCCUCCAGGGACACGUAAAGCCAUUAAAAAGGGUCUGCCUGUGUGCUGUUUUGACUGCGUGCCCUGCACUGAGGGAGAAAUCAGCAAUAGUACAGGCUCUGUAAAAUGUUACCGGUGUCCCCAGGAGUUCUGGUCUAACAGUUUAAGAAAUGAAUGCAUGCCCCGAGAGACAGAGUUUCUCUCCUUUACAGAAACAAUGGGCAUCACUUUGACGAGUGUUGCUGUUUCGGGAGCUGUAAUGACAACUUCUGUGGCUGUUAUUUUCCUAUACCACAGGAACACUCCGAUAGUUAAAGCCAACAACUCAGAGCUCAGUUUCCUGCUCCUGUUGUCAAUCAAACUCUGCUUCUUGUGCUCUCUAGUUUUUGUUGGCCAGCCCUCACUGUGGUCAUGUAGGUUUCAGCAGGCUGCAUUUGGAAUCAGUUUUGUCUUGUGCAUCUCCUGUAUUUUGGUCAAAACCAUUGUGGUUCUGGUUGCAUUUCGCUCAGCUAGACCUGGAUCCUCAGGUCUCAUGAAAUGGUUUGGACCCGGCCAGCAGAGAAGUAGCGUUCUGCUCUUUACCUGUGUUCAGGUGGUUAUCUGUGCCAUGUGGCUCUCCAUCAGUCCACCUUCUCCACACCGUAACUUUGGAAUCCAGGGGUCAAAGGUCACCCUUGAGUGCACAGUAGGGUCAAUUGUGGGAUUUGCCUGUGUUCUGGGCUAUAUUGGCUUUCUGGCUGCCUUCUGUUUUUUGCUGGCUUUCUUUGCCCGUAAACUUCCAGAUAAUUUUAAUGAGGCAAAAUUUAUUACUUUCAGUAUGCUAAUCUUUUGUGCUGUUUGGAUUGCAUUUGUGCCAGCAUAUGUCAGCUCACCAGGGAAGUACAGUGUAGCUGUUGAGAUUUUUGCCAUUUUGUCCUCUAGUUUUGGACUCUUAGUUUGCAUAUUUGCACCAAAAUGUUACAUAAUUUUACUUAAGCCAGAAAACAAUACUAAGAAGUUUCUUAUGGGAAAAACAUAA